GCUGCCACAUCCCAGUAGAGGCGCUCGCUGCCCUCGAAGCCCCUCACGUCGCUGCGCUGAAGGUCUUGCGUCGCCGGGCUAUAGAGCAGCAGCGGCGUCUCGUGAUCGUCUUCGCAUCUCAGAAACUCCUGGAGGCCGCGUUCACCGCAGCUCAAAACAGUCGCUCUCAGAACAGCAAGCAACGAGGGGGCUGCUUGCCGAGAAGGUGGAACAAGCCUGUGCCGGGUGGGGUUGUCGCCUGACAGACAAGGGCCUCGGGCUGCUAAAUCAGGGCUUGACGCGACUCUGGCCCCGAGUAGAUGAAGAUCGAGUUCUGGAGGAUGCAGAGGCUCGCAUCGCGCAGCUUCAGCACUUCCAUCGCGAGGCGGCGAUGAGCUCUUCAAGCUUCACCGAGCUCUGCGCAAGAUUCCCUGAGAUUUUUUUCGACUACACCGUGAAGGCCUUGUGGGAAGAUGAUGGUCUUCUUGCCGUGCACAAGCCCUGGGGCAUGCGAGCAUACCUGGCACGGAGGGAUGGCGAGAAGAAAAGUGGUGGUCUACGCGCGAGGUAUCGGGCUUGGCCGGAGGAGCUCACAGCCCACGAUCUGCUGCAGGAAAUCUGCGAGGGAAGCCGCCCUCGCAUGUGCAACCGGCUCGACUUUGCUACCAGUGGCCUCAUGUUGGUCGGCAAAAACCGUAAGGCAGCUGGGAAGGCAUCCUGUCUCUUCCAGCAACGCCGAGUCUUGAAGACCUACCUGGCGCUGGUACUCGGCCAUCCUCCAGCAAGCUGGGAGAAAGGUGUUGUGCUGAACUACCGCAUUACGGACACUGCUGGCUUUGCGAGAAAGGCCGUGAACUCGAUGGAGGACACUACCGGCCGCACGACGGAGACUGCAGAGACAUCAGUUCGGGUGCUGAAACGGGGCCUGUGGCCCCCGAAGCCCUGGCAAGCGAGCUUCGGCGGCUGCGGCGAAGGGAGCCAGGAGGAAGUGACGCGAGAGCCGCUGCCUGCCUCCUUGGUCGAGGUUAGCCCCAAGACGGGCCGCCGGCAUCAGAUUCGUGUACACUUGGCAGCCGCGGGCCAUCCC